GUGUAAGCUGUGUGCUGUGAGUGCCUCUGUGCUGUGCACAGCUUGCUGUUAAUGAGUGCUGCGCUCUCAUUGCAGGAGAGUUUAAAGAUUAUUUUACCUGAAAGUUCAAGUAAUAAGAACUUGUUCUCAUUCUUCUUCUGUCUUUGUUGCACAAGAAGCUCCACAUCAUGCAGUGACUGCAUCUUGAGGGUCUGAGCUGUAUUGCAUCCUGAUGCUAUUUUGACAUUCUCUCCUGACAGGAUUCAGAAUCCCUGGACAGCUGCAUACAGAAUACGUUAUCAGUGCUCUACCCUCCAUUUGAGGCCACAGCAGCCACUGUUCUGUGCCAGGUUUUUGAUGUGGUGGAGAAGACUUACCGGGGGGAUGGACUGCGCUACCUCAUAGAUUUCCUGAUCCCAGCAAAGCACAUCUUGCAGUGUGUUCAGCAGGAUGCCUGUGUUCAGUACUAUGGCUUGCUGUUCCGCCAUGAAGGCUGGCCUCUGUGUGUCCAUGAGAAGAUUGUAGUCCAGCUGGCUUCCAUUGACUGGCGAGCCCUAAAGCCUGGUGACUUCUACCUGCAGGUGGUGCCCUACCUGAAGAAGUCUCCACGAAUAGUACUGAAAUGUUUGGCAAGGGACAAACAUAAUGUGGAGGAAGUUGUGGUCCCAGAAGUCUCCUACACUUCUAUUUUCACUCUGGAAUGGCUGGAUUCCAUCAAUGGAGAACGAAUGGGUACAGUACUGGAAAAUUGUUUACUAGCCACUGAUGAUAAAAUAUUUCGGGUUCCAUGGGAUAAAAUUGUUAAUCCUGAAUUUAUUGAUAAACCUAAGCUAACUGAAAAUAACAUCACUGAUCUCAUGGAAGAAUCUUCAAUUUUGUGCUUUCCAGUGGAGCAUCCCACAUGCAACUCACCAACUCCAGGACCUCAAGAUUUUCAGGAGCAAAAAGUGACACAAGUCAGUUUGGUUGUUAGCAGGAGAGCCCAGCAAUUGGACAGCCCCAUUUUCAAUGGUAAUAGUGCAACUUCUGUGCCUCAGGAGAACUCCGAAAGUGACCCAGAAGGGGAGUAUGUAGAGCUUACAGAUGUUUUGUUGCCAAGAUUUGGGCCACAAACAGGGUCCUUAACUCAGUCAGUUGCCUUAAAUUAUAGGACCCAACCCAGAACAAAAGUGAAUGUAUCUAAGGACAAACAGAGGCAUAUUGUCAUUCGAGACAGUAGCACAUGCUCAAAGAAUUUGGUUCAUUCAGCACUUAUGCAAAACGAGCACAAUCAAACAGACGCAUUGCGGACUUCUUACUCAGAGGUGCUAGAAAACGUAAUUCAUUUAGAAAACAACAAAAUGAUGGGACACAGGGAAAUGUUACAAAAAAAUCAGCCAGAAUCAGGUGUCCCUGGCCACGUGGGGAAUUCAGAUUCCAGCUGUCACAUGGAUGCGUAUCCAGAUAGCAAUGCAGAGGGCCCAUCCAGGCAAGAGGCACAAAGUGAGCACUCAAUAGACUGGAGGUACGCAAUGUGCAGUUACAAUGAUGCUUGUGCUGGAGACAGUGCCGAGUGCAAAACACAGUUCGUAGAGAGUCCUGGGAAAACAGAAACUGAAAAUGAUCUCUCAGGUGCAGACACUGGUAAGGGAGCUUCAGAGCAGAGCCCAGGAGCACUUGCAGAGGAUGUUACCACUAAGGAGGAGCCAGUGCAGUCAAGAGACCCUGAGCACAGUGAGAGCCCCGCGGGGGGGGUGUCUGCACUAUCAGUCAGAGAAAGUUCCGGACCACGGCACAGGCAUGAGGGGGGCUCUGAGAACAACUGCCAGACCCGUCAUGGAAGUGCUGUUCUCCCCUCAACACCAGCCCAGGCAGCCACACCAUCCACACUUACAUCAGUAUCCUCAGAGAUGGCAGAGGGCUGCUCCCAUUCAUUAGAGAAAAUGUCAGGUAAAAUUGAACACAGUCACUGCAGUGAUCAGCAGGCAGAAAUGAGUCCUCCAUUAAGUCAGCCUGAAGAGUUGAACCAACGACAAGUGGACCUGUUAAGAGAGUUAAGCUGUAGCACUGGGAGAGUCUGCAGAGAGCCUGAACAAACAUGCCCUGGGAAUGAGAGGCAGAACGGCCAUAAAUCCUCCUCUGCUGUCGAAGAGGAGAUUGAUGGACAUUUGUCACAGGAUAAGGGACAGGAGGUCAGGGGCUGCAUACAAAAGAAGGCUGAAGAAGACAAACCACUACAAACCACUGGACCAGUGGAGAGCAAUCAGCCAGGGGAGGAGCCAGAUGACAAGAAUAGCCCUUUGGACACUGGUUCACAAGCUGAGGGCGCCAACCAAAUUGAAAUGCAAGUGAGUGGAGAUAGAGGCAAGGAAGCACAGUGCUGUAUGGAAACUCAGGCUCAUAAUAGUGAAGUGAACUUCCGGCUUUUGCAACCCACCAGGGAAGAGGUUGACCUGGAUCCUGUGGCAGGGCAGGAUUUGCAAGGAAAUGAGGAGAACAAAGCAGAGUUGUACAGAAGGUGUGCUCCAAAGCCUGGGCGGGAAUCUGCAAUUUUAGAAUCUGUAGAUGGGCUGAAUUCCAAUGCAGAGGGUAUGGAGGCCUCAUCACCCCCUUCAGCAUUUUCUGAUGAGGAUACUAAUAAGCAAAUAGAGUUGAUUGAAAAGAGCGGUAGCACAAACCUCAAUGCUCCGAAAUCCAAGCCAGAAUCACCUUCUGAAGCUUCAUCUCUUCAAAGAAUGGAAGGGGUGGAAAAGGUAAAAGAAGGAAUCUGCACAGAUUUGCCGGUGCCGGUGGAUAGAGCUUGUGCCCGGGAGGAAAACUCAACAGCUGUUGCUCGCCAAGAUUCCACAUCUUUUACAUCACCAAGAAGUCCUCAAAGUGUACCCACUAUAGCAAGGGAUGUGAACCUGGAAGUCCUCAUGAGUGGAGUUGCCUGCCUGCCUGGCACUAGAGACAAAAGUGGACACGCUGUGGCUAUCAUCACAAUGAGGAACACGAUUUGGUUAAACCCCCACUGCAACACCAGUGAGCUGGUGCGCCUCCUCCUGUACUUACACAGCAUCCCAAGACCAGGGUGCCAAGCUUUGGGUCUGACCAUACUAGUCGAUGCUCGUCGUUGUUCACCUGUUCCUGCCCUUUUUAAGGCUUUCAACAUACUGCAGGACAUGGUCCCUCAUUGUAUUCAUGGAGUUCUAUUGCUUGUUGAAAGAGAUCUCACUUUUCGGAUGGAGAAGCCAACAGCUGCCCAGUUUGAGCUUCUCACCUCAAUGAAGUCCCUGCACAAGCACAUAGACAGCUCGCAGCUGCCCCUCGAAUUGGAUGGAACCUUUCCUUACUGUCAUCGGGACUGGCAAAGCUUUCGCAUGAAACUAGAGCAUCUGCUACAAGGAUGUCAGGGAGCUUGUGCUUUCCUGCAGGGGGCCAUUCACAGUGUGGAAUCUGGUAGACUGCCGGAAAGAGCUGCGGAGGCUGCUGCUUUGUUGAGGCAUUACAGACAGUUAAUGAAGAAUGUUCUUGAUGACACACGACUGGUCAGACUACAGCUGGAGGGUGGUGCCCUCCUGGCUAAGCUGAGGAAGGAAGAGUCCUGUGUAACCCUCACUGAUGACUACAGGGACGCACUGGAUGCUGCUACCCUGCUUUAUAAUGAGGUGGAUGAAGGUGUCCAUCGGCUGGUGAUGUUGUCAAACAAACGCAUCCAGGAGCUGGAGCUAGUGAUGGAGUUUGAGAGCUGUGAAGAAUGUUUUAAGGAGGUCAGCAGUUGGAUUGAGAAUGUUGGCAGGAAGCAGCUGAAGGAAAUGAUCAACUUGGAUGAUUCACUGGAGAUAUUACUUCAAACACAGAAACAGUUCAGGGAAUUUGAUCUUGUUGCCAGUGAAUGUUGUAGAAGGGGGCAGGAAGUGCUGAAGAAACUGAACAGGUGGGAAGACUUUUCCUCUAAAGACCUUCACAUUUAUGGGGUUAAGCUGCAAGCAUAUAGAAAUCGAUUGGAGGAAUUCUGCACCCACCUGGAUGAAAGCAGGAGUCGGAUUAGUGAGACAGUCAGGCUGUAUGAAUUCUUUGACAAGGCUUAUGAGUGGGCACUAGAAGGGAUGCGACACCUUGCCUGCAUCAGCAUGGAGGACUGCAGCUCCUCUGAGCACUGUGCAGCUGUGAUCAAGUGUUUGGAAAGCUACAAGGGACAGCACCCAGAAAUCAGUGAUGCCAAGUUCCAGGAGAUGAAAGAGCUUGCAUGUGAGCUCAAGAGUGACAAGGGGCUAAAGCAGUGGAAAUUUGCCUGGUCCAAGUGCCAGGAGACAAAACUGGUCUUUGAGAAGAAGCUGGAAGCUGCUCUGAGAACACAAAGGUCUCUGCCAUCAGACCGGAAGCCAGCUGAUGGGGAGCUGGCCAGGCCUGGCAGUGAGGGUGGUAGCUUCUCUCACAGGAGACACUCUGAGGGGGCUGCCCAUGGACUGCCCUUGGACAGGAGUCAAGGUGGAUCCCACUUCUACAGCAGAUCAAAUCGCUCCCCUGGGUGGACUAAGGAAAAGACUCUGUUGCCAUCCACGAGCAGCUAUGGGGAUAUAAGCGUUGGGGAAGAUUUUACCUACCAAGCAACUCCCAGCAUGAGUCCCAGCUCAAGCAGGGCUUCCCUUAGUGUGGGGGGCUCUGAGGCAUCAAAACUUCCAGGCAAUGUGCCUGAGGAGAAGCCAAACCUGGAGAGCAUCUUGGAAAUCCUUGAAGUGAAGCUACCCAGCUCCUCCUCUCCAGCUUCCAAGAGGCCACCUCCCAAGAGAACACUGAGAAAGGCUCAAAGCUUUGACCUUCCUUGCAGUGAGAGCCUGCGCUCUAGUUGCCAGAGGACUCUGAGUGAGCCAGCCAGGUAUGGCAACACAGGGGUCUUCAUUAAGGGGCUGGAAGUAAGCAGCACUGAGCUCGUGGACAGGACUUGCACGUCACGGCAGCAAAUUGCCUACAGCUGGGCUGCGGACUGUCUGCCGGAAGCACAGAAGAGCUUCAUCUCCACACCAGAAGCAAGAAGCAGGGGCAGUAAAUUGCGGCAUAUCAUUGAUGAGAUGGUGACCACAGAGCGGGAGUACGUGAAAUCUUUGUGCUACAUCAUCAAGAGCUACUUUCCUGAGAUGGAGCGUACAGACCUUCCUCAGGACCUGAGGGGGAAGCGCAGUGUCAUUUUUGGAAACCUGGAGAAACUCUAUGACUUCCACAGCCAGUAUUUCCUGCGGGAGCUGGAGAGCUGCUGCAACCACCCACUACGGGUCAGCCACUGCUUCCUCAGACAUAAGGACCAGUUUGGGAUGUAUGCAUUAUACAGCAAAAACAAACCCAAAUCUGACUCGCUGCUGGCCAGCCACGGGAACACCUUCUUUAAGUUCAAGCAGGUGCAGCUUGGGGAUAAGAUGGACUUGGCCUCCUACCUACUGAAACCCAUCCAGCGCAUGAGCAAAUAUGCCCUUCUCCUGAAGGACUUAAUAAAGGAAUGUAGCGAGGCCCAGGAGCAGGAGCUGGGCUACCUUCGAGCAGCAGAGGAGAUGGUGAAAUUUCAGCUUCGGCAUGGCAAUGACUUGCUAGCCAUGGAUGCCAUCCGAGACUGUGACGUGAACCUCAAGGAGCAGGGGCAGCUGGUGCGGCAGGAUGAGUUCACCAUUUGGUUGGGUCGCAAGAAGUGCCAGAGGCAUGUCUUCCUGUUUGAGGACCUGAUCCUCUUCAGCAAGCCCAAGAGAAUUGAAGGAGGCUUUGACGUGUACAUCUACAAGCGCUCUUUCAAGACUGCAGACAUUGGCCUGACGGAGAACUCUGGGGACAGCGGUCUGCGCUUCGAGAUCUGGUUUCGCAGGCGGAAGUCCAGUGACACAUACAUCCUCCAGGCCAACACAGCUGAGACCAAACAAGCCUGGACCAGUGACAUAGCCAAGAUCCUGUGGCAGCAGGCUGCCCGCAAUAAAGAAAUCCGCAUGCAGGAGAUGGUUUCCAUGGGGGUCGGGAACAAGCCCUUCCUGGAUAUCAAGCCCAGUGAGGCUGCUAUCAAUGACCGGGCCAUUGAUUACAUCAUGAAAGGCAGAGGUGCUAGGACCAGGGCUUCAAUUGCAGUGUCCCUGUUUGACCAUGCAAAUCCCUACAAGCGGACACAGACAUCACUCUCCACCAGCAGUGUCCCCUCUGCCUACGGUCCUUCUUCCUCCUCGCUGCUCGGCCCUCUCAAUCUGCACAUGUACCUGGACCAGGCCCUGCUACCAGGUGUGCUGGCCACUAGCCACCCCUUCGAUGUUGGCACCUGCAUUGAAGAAGAUGAGCUGGAGCAGGAAACCAGCAGCCAGCCAUCAAUGAGUUUGAUUGCUGCUUCCAGUGAACCCACUAAAGACCCUGUGUCUUUGACCAGCAGGAGGAGGAGUACAUUUGUGGAGGCAUGUUCUCAUGAACAGGCCAUUUGGUCACCUGUGCACAUGUUCCAGCACAACAGCAGACUCCUUGAAACAGCCCAGAACCUGGCCUUUGGCUUGGGAGCACCCCAGUUAGUUCUCUGUUUUGUAAAGUUAAUAGCUGUCCUGUUGGAUGGAAGCCAGGGCCUCCAAGCCCAAGAGUCCUUUAUUUAUGUAAUAACAGAUAACAUAGAAAUUUGGAAGAGUGUCCUAUUUGUAAAGCUCUGUUGUGUAUAGGCUGUGACAACUGAUUUGGUUCCUCUUUGCUCAGUGAGCUGCACAUUUUAUAAAGUUCAUGGAAGGGCACAAGGGAAGAAACAAAGUAAUUAAUAAAAAUAGCUGAACUUGCCAUUUCAGCUUUCUGCCGAGCUGGAGUGUACAGAUUAUGUCCUUCCUCUUGUUUUAGGUUUUCCUAGCAUAGCAAUAAUUUAUUUUCUUAGCUUAACCCUUGGUUUUGAUAAACCCCCUCUCCUUGUUACAGAGUUUGUUUCUUCAGAUGAUUCUUCAAGUGCCUCAGUGCUGAUCUGCCCUGGUCUCAGUAACUUUUCUCUGCUGUAGACUCUCCUGGCUCCCUUUCUUAUUGGUAGAGUAAAUGACAACCAAACCAUACAAAACUAGAGCACAUCCUUCAUAAGAGAAAGGAGGAGACACCCUAGUGGGCAGCAAAUUCCCCUGGACGUGGUGUGGGGAAUGUGGUGGGGAACAGUCCUACCAAAUCCAGGAGGCUUACUCAGCCACCCCAACUGUUUCCUGCCUGUAGCACAGCUCUGGUUUUAGAGAAAGGGGGAAUGGUCUAUUCUGUCCUGCCCCUGUUUUAUUGCCGUUGGGGGUGCAGAGCUCUCACAGGCAAGAGCCCGAACCUUUGGUUAAAAUCAACUUCUAACAGGACAGGGUGUAAGUGGCAGGACACAUUACAGGAAAUGAAGGGUUGUGCCCAGUGUAGAUGGAUUGGGAUGAAAUGGAAGUGCAACAGCCUAGCUUGUCUUUGACUUUAGCUUAUCAGAGUUUAUGCCUCACUUCAGUUCCAACUCACUGACAUUGUGCUUGCAAGUGUGUUGCUACUUCCAGUAGGUUUGGUGGAGGCCAUGACUGUAAGUAGCAGAUACUGAGUAUGAUGAGCCCAAUUAAUCAUGCCACUGAAAUGUCAAAACCCCUAGUGUUAACUUAGUGUAUUUAAGUUGGAGGCAAAAAUGUCCUCUUUCUGAGGCCUCUCGUUAGUAACAACUGAGCUGGGUCAGUAAGGGCUGUCAGUAAAGCCUGACUCAAUACUUUCUGAGCAUACUUAGCUUGUGCCACUUUCAUGUAAGGAGACAUGAAAACAUGCUGAUGAAGGUCCCAUUUACUUUAAUUGCUACAAAACCCUCAUUCCCAGCUUCCACAAUUGCACAUCAUAUCUGGCCUUAAUAACAAACACAAGGGUUUCUUUGUCCCUGCAACUUCUCCAUGUAUUUGCUGGGUUCAGUCUAUUCACAAUGCACUGCUUUAGUCUUAUACACAUUAAAUCUCAUGGGCACAUCCUUUGCAUAUUAACCAUGUUCCUUUUAGUUUUGAAAUCUGUGUACUGUACAUAUGCCAUUUAUUUUUACCUGUUGUUUAUUUUCAUAAGCCAACUGUUACAUGUUUUUUCAGCCAUAUUCCUUUUUAGAUGACAAAUGGGAAGAAAACCAAUUAACCGCAUUGUACAGUAGCAACUAGUGGGAAAUGGUUGGACAGGAGAGAUCAUAAAAAGCAGUUCUGUGAAAUCUUUCAAUAAUGCUAAACUUUGUGCUGUCAACACAGCAGUAGCUGGUGCCACUAAAGAGGGAAAGAAUUUAAAUUUACCAACAAAACAAGGGAACAUGGAAAUACCAUUCUGAUCAACUUCUGCAAUUCCUCAGUUAAAAGUGUUUCUACAUUGCUGGAAAAAUCUUUAGUAAUGUUUACCUGACACCUAUUUUUUCAGGGCUCGAUUGCAUUAUCUAAUAAAAGUUAUUUUCUUUGUAUGAA